AUGGUAGAAGGAGAGUUCUGCUCAACUGGUCGAGAUUCCACCGCCACUGGACAAUGCAAUGUAACCUCAUACGACGCCCGAGUCAUCAACUCUUCGCGUUGCGGGGAAUCGUCAGCAUCGACAGCAGAUGUUUACUCCUCAGGUGGUGGUGGGAUGACAAUGAGUUCAGCUUCAAGCUCUCAAGUUGGCCAACCAGAGCCUUACUUUUACGUCAGCGAGGGGACAUAUUAUCAUUACAACAAUGGAGAUACGACUAGGUCAGAAGUUUGGCCAAAAGUGUGA